AGUAAAACUAGUUCUCUGUCUGGGUGAGUCAGACUCAGAACUAGUUUGCCGGUACCAAAAGGAUGCUCUGCUUUCACUCUAGCAACCAAAAGGAUCAAAGAGGGAGCAGUGCAAACACGGAGAAAACAGAGCAAUAUUGACUGUGCUGGGCAAAAUGAAAAUCUUAUUCUUCCCUUUCUUUUUAAUUGCGGGGAGCCUUGCUAACAAUCCUUACCCAGACAGUUCUGGUCAUCCCAACAAUAACAACAAUUGGAACAACAACUACCGAAAUGAAAUAUAUGGUAAUCGUGAAAAUCAGCCCAACCAAAGAAAUCGCCAGACGCCAAACCAGGUGCUAGUCAACAGUAAUUCUGACUUUGCGUUUAAGUUCUUCAGAGAGGUUUCUUCCAACAGAGGUCAGCAGUAUAAUUCCAGAAAGAAGAACAUUGUCUUCUCUCCCAUGUGCAUCUCCUCUGCCUUUGCCAUGCUGGCCUUGGGUGCCAGGGCCAACACCUUAGAUCAGAUCCUUAGAGGACUGGAUUUUAGGCCAUCAGAAAUCCAGGAAAAAACAAUCCAUGAAAGCUUCCAUGACCUCAUCUACAUGCUAAACAAUGUAGGACCCGGCCUCCAGAUGGAGAUGGGCAAUUGCCUCUUUGUAGAAAAGAAGCUGCAUCCACAAGAGCAAUUCUUAUAUGGACUCAGAAAUAUCUAUGGAGGAGACAUUUAUCUGGAAAACUUUAAGAACACGGUCGAAACGGAACAGCACAUCAAUAAUUAUGUUGAAAGGAAAACCCAUGGGAAGAUUGCCAAGCUUGUUGAUGGGGUGGACCCAAUUACUGAAAUACUAUUGGUUAGCUAUAUGUAUUUGAAAGCUAAAUGGAAGAAGCCUUUCAAUCCCAAGUACACUGAAAUGCAGAACUUCUAUAUAGAUGGCUACAAUGUAGUGAAAGUGCCUACGAUGUUCCAGAUGGGCAUGUUUGAAGCUGGCCGUGACGAUGAGCGUUCUUGCACUGUUUUGAAAAUGCCCUAUGAAGGGCAUGCUGCUGCAUAUUUUAUUCUACCUGACAAAGGGCAACUGGACAAGGUGGCCAGAAGCUUAUCAUGUGGAGCUUUGAGGGCAUGGAAAAAAAUACUUACAAAGAGCUCUGUCAAUGUGUAUCUUCCAAAGUGCAUGGCUAUUGGAGAACUUCACUUGAAAGAUAUAAUGUACACUAUGGGUGUGGUGGAUGUCUUCACUGACAAAGCAGAUCUUUCUGGAAUCACAGGGCAACCACGGCACAGACUCUCAGAGGCCAUUCAUAAAGCAAUGAUGUUGAUAGAUGAGAGAGGAACAGAAGCUGCUGCAGCAUCCUCCAUGGACCUGGUACCAAUGUCUACACCUUCUGUUCUGAAGUUUAACAUGCCUUUCAUAGUUAUGGUUGUCGAAGAAAAUACUGAGAGUAUCCUCUUCAUGGCAACAAUUAUGAAUCCAAAUGAGAACUAGAGAGCCCAAAUCCACCUAAUGAUUAUUAUUUGGCAUGUAUUUAAGAAACAUGUUGACUUAUUCUAGACUGAGUUUCCUAUUGUCCCCUCAGUUGUGUGGAAGUAUUCAAUUAACUAGGGAGAGAAAGGAAGACAUUUGAUCCAUAUAAAGUCAGAAUUUGAAUGCUUCUCACAGUACCGUACUACAUAAUAGCUGAAAGAUUAUAUUGUCAACCUAUUUAUGUGGAUUUAAAGUGGAAUCCUGUUGGUGAACUGUGCUAGCAAUUGCGUCUUUACCAGAGUCACACAGUGGCCAUGAGAAGACAGCAUCCAGUUGUUUCUCCUGUACUCUACUUCCUUCAAAGCUCCACUGCUUGCAUCAAUGUACUUCUUGCUGUCAGCAGCUUUGCCAAAGUAGUUACACCAGUGUAGUUCACCAACAGGAUUCCAGCUUGAGUAUACAGGUUGAACAGCCAAACUUGCAUGAUUCGCUUCCAAGCCAAAUUUUAUUGGCUGCUGCUCAAACUGCUUUCUUCUCCUAUACCAAGGCAGGGUCUGAAAAAGCAUUUUCAAACAGUAGCCUUUUCUCCAUGGGAGGCAACUAGAGAUUCAUCUUCUGGCCAUUCUGCUAGAAGCAGUCCUUAUCUUUUUCCCUGUGGGUUGGAGUGGGAGGGGGGAAGAGAACUAAGUACAAAUAUAAGCAAAAUAGUUAGAGACAGAAAAAUGCUUUCAAUAGGAGAGAUGCCUUUUCUACCCACUGGAAAAUUACAAAGAUUCAUUAUCAUACUUUAUAAAUUUAAAUUACAGUUACCACAUAGAUUUUAUAUGCUCACAGACUGCUCUAGAAGGCCUGUGUGAUUUGUGGCAGUACCAGCAGCCCUUGAAUGGUAUAUAGCUCAGUCUCAGCCACGUGGCAUGCUUGUACCAUGUACCAAUCUUUCCUAAUCUAAAAUUAUCAAUGUGAGAUUUAAAGAAACCUCACAAGUCUUUGGCCAAUAUGGGAGUGAUGUAAGAUAUAGUUAAUCAUAGGUGGGAAAUUCAGGCUGAGAAAAGUAUUUGUUUUCCAGCAUGAUGAAUCACAAAUUGUACAGGCAUGAGUUGCACUACAUUUCUCCCAUUGGUUACCCACAUCUCCUUAUAAUGCAGCAAAUACCCCAUAAAGGAAUAUUAUAGAGCAGCGUUUCCUGCCCUAAGAAGCCCCUUUCUUACCUAGGAGAUGUUUUACAUUUAAUAGUCUUGCAAAUAAUACCAAAAAUACAGAAAUAAACUGAUAACGAGGAUAUCAUUUUAACAUACAACUGUAGAGUUAGAGGCCUGUUUAUACUGGCAGUUCAAUCUGGGGCCACUCUAUAGUAUUUAUGCUUUCAGCAAGCCCUAGAGGCAACCAGAUGCAUACAGUCAAACUCACUGUGGUAUUGCUUUGGUGUCCACAAGUCCAUCCAGGCCAAAGUUGAUACGCUACUUUCUUGCGACCAUUUCCAGCCAGACAUAUAGCUCUGUAAUAACUCCCGGCUAUUGUGGAUUUUUUGUUUUGAUAUCAACAGUUUCCUGUGUUACUAACAGAAAGCUAAACACUGACUCCCCUUCCUUUUUCUUGGUCAUACAAGACACCUCUGUUAAUGUCAAAAUGAGGUGGCCAUGAUGUUCCAGGAGCUUUCAAAGCUGGGACUUUGGCUGGGAGUGGCAGUGGUAAUGGCACGAACUGAUGAGCAAAGACAGAGGACUGGUCCAAUUUGGAACCAGAUUUCCCCAAAGCUGCAGUAUACAGGAGUUUCCAGUAAACCCCAGGAUAUCACCGACUUUGCUCAAAGUAAAGCAAAGUCUGUUUUAUCCUGUAAAAUCCAAGAGUCACCAGAAGUUGGAAAUCAUCAUGGGAACGGCAAGAAAUGACUUUAAGAGUGAAGCAUACAUGUAGAUUCUACUUUCUACUUGAGAUUCUAUUUUUCAUAACAUGGAUACUGGAGCUCUGGCAUAAUGGAGCUUCAGCUGCCUUUUGCUUAUUUCUUUCUGUAAUCUUAUCUUUUAGCUGUGUUUAAGGUUUAAAAGCAAAUACACAAAAAGCCAUUCGUUUUAGUGCAGAAUGAGCAAGUGGACUGUGUGGUAUAACAGUCGCGAAACAGUUCAUUUAUUCACCAACAGCUCUUUGGUACUUAUUGGCUCAGAGUGGAUCUCAGGCUUGGUGUUAGGUGAAAUUAUGGUGAACAACUUUGGUAAACCACUGCUAUUCAGAAGAAUGAGAAUUGUGCACACAGCCAAAUGUUCUAUCAGGAAAUAAGAAGCCCUAUAUUCAUGUUUUCCCACUUUCACAAGGAUCCUGAACGCCGUGACACUCACAAAAAAUGCGGGCAUACUGUCAUCACUGUUCACCAGCACCUGAUGAAUCAUAGGUUAAUGACACAAUAUCAUACAAGCUUUACAAGUUCAAUGCUUCCUACUUUCAAUCAAAAAGAUCGUUCAGAAUAGGAAAAACUCAGAAUAAGACUCAAAAGAGCAAAUAAUACAGAUCUAGAUAGAUCAUUGGUUAGAUAUGGCAUUCAUCACUUUCAGAUGGAUCAGGUCUGCGCAAUAGAAAGAGUGUUACAUGGAUUAAAGUUCUGAGUUCAGACAAUCUUAUACAAUCACAUUCUAACAAAUUUUAUGGCUCCUAAAUGUGCAAGAUUAUGACUUUCCUGAAAAUGUGGGAAAGGAAUUAUGGAGCUUUUUAUUACCCACUGGUUGCACUUGAGCAAGCCAGACUCUCUCAGCUUAAGAGGAAGGCAAUGGGAAACCUUGUUGUUGCUGGGUGCCUUCAACUCUAGGGAGAAUAAAUCUUUGGCAGAAUUUGCUUAGAAGGGGUUUGUGUUACCUCAGUCAGAGGUUGAUAGGGUUUGUUUUGCCUAAAGUCACUUACUGGGUUUCCAUGAAUGAGCAAGGAUUCCAGCCCUAGUCCAACGCCCAAACCAUUACAUAAUGCUGGAAAGCAGGAAAACCUGUUCUGAACAAAUCUUGCCAAGAAAAAUAGGUUUGGCAUCAGUUUGAAUCUACUUAAGGACAGCAAUAGCAUCAAUCCCCUAAAGGCACCAGAUCUGUCUGAUUUUGGGAACUAAGUAGGAUCAGCCCUGCUUGGGACUUGGAUGGAUGACUGCCAAGAAAUACUAAGUAGCAUAAGACAUAUUUCAGAGACAGAAACUGGCAAAACCAAAUCUUAGUUUCCCUUGCUUAAGAAACCUUAUGAAAUUCAUGAGGUCACCAUAAGUCGAUAUGCAAAUAGAAGGCUCACUCACACACAAGAACUACAAUUGCUAUUGCAAGAGCAUAAUAUUAGCUUCUGGUAGCUCUGAAAUUGAGUUCUUGAUCUAAGAUAUUUUAUUGUUUGGAUUUUCUAACCUACCAUAUAUUUUCUUUCCUCUUUUAAGAUGCAAACAGCUUAGCUGCUUUGGUGAUAGUUUAUUUUUUGUAUAACUGGUGAUAGUAUAAGUGGAAACAAAAUUAAGUUACAUUUUCUCUAUGACUAGGAAUUUAUAUUAUGAUAAACAUUCUUUGUCUUGAAAAAAAAUACAAAUGAAAAUAAAAAAUAAU